AUGAAUCGCAUAAACUAUCAUAGUUACAGUCCUCAUUUCAUCAAGAAAACAAAAGAAAAAGACGUCACAUUAAAAUCAGGCAAAAUGAAUAGGUUCAAUUUGCAAUUUAAUAGUGAUAUUCCAAGGACCUCGAUAUAUGUGAGCCAAGAUCUAUACUUCCUACAUUAUAAUUCAAAAGAUGUUGAAAUUAUUGAGAAUGUAAGAAAAGGGUUAAUUCAAGGACUGAAGACUCUUAGAAAAAGGUACAAAAAUGGGCACUUUUCAAUAGGCAAUCGUAUGUCAAAAAAUACAUCGAAUUUACUUACCAAAAAGUCUAAAACUCAAAGGAUCUCGCAGAAACAUUUUUUUGGUCAUUGUAAAAAUCAAAGAAACAGUGCUGAUGCGUGUGAUAAAUGUCUGUCAAUGGAAGAGAAGUCAACCAUUUCUAAGUCUUCAAUAACAUCUUACUUAAAAACAGUUUAG